AAUUAUACGGAAGCUUCAUCAAUCCUUGCUUCUUUUCGUAGAAAACAUCCGGGCUAUGCCGCUAUCGAACUUCGCCUCAUUGGAAUGAUGAGGCGACGAGCAGACGCAGAAAGGAAUCCCGAUUAUUCUGGUGUGAUUAGUAAAUUUGAGCGCUUGAUUCAUUCAUCCGACACUCCUCGGCAUCUCAGCAGCUACUAUUCUAUAAAACUUGCAAGAUUUCAUUUGAAGACUCGCAGCGAUCGACGUCUCGCCGAAAAGAUUAUUCGCAGAGCUCUUGAACGUGAUAGAGUGACUUUAUGA